AUGGUCGACUCUAAUGACAACAACAUUAUUAAUAAUGACAAUCUUCGCAAUAAUUCAGGCAGCAAUGGCAGAACGCACAACAAAAAUUCCCGUCUAGAAAAGCCAAAACACAAAUGGGAAAAAUAUUGGCACGAACGUACACUGGUUCGCAUCGAAAGUGAAAUCAUCAAAAAAGGGAUUCCGAUUCCGCAUACAUUUUUAACACUCGAAGAACUGCUAGCACCAUGCAAGCAGUCCCGCGCACGAAAAACAAUUCAGCGACCACAAAACGAUUACGUGAUUUAUCGGAAAGAGGUGUCUGCUGAACUUUCAAACAAUUAUCCGAAUACUCAUUUUCAGGAUGUGUCAAGAAUUGCAUCACAACGAUGGAACAACGAGGCACAAGAGAAAAGAAAUUUUUUCACGAUUCUGGCGUUUGUGGGAAAUCUUAUUCAUGCAGACGUGUUUCCGGAUUAUCAGUACAAGCCAAACUCGAAAAAACGAAAUUUGAAAAAUAAAUCGAGCGAAGAAAAAGAAGAGAAACCUUGGGAAAAAGCUGCUUCACAACCACAAAAACAGGAGAAAAAUGAAGAGCACGGAAUUCUCUCUUCGAAAUCGUCGCCGUCUUCUUCAUCAUCAUCUUCGUCAACUCGUGCAUCAGCUUUUCGCUUAGUAAAGCAAGAAUCAUCAACGACAACAACAUCAUCGUUCCUAAGGAAACCACCACCUUCUUUUACACCUUACCCUGUCGUACGAAAAAUACCAGUAAAAGUCAUUUCUACGUGUGCUUCAUCUUCAAACGAUAUUAAAUCACUCAAUGAAAAUUCGUCAAUUACUGCCACUAGUAGUACAUCAAGUUGCGGAUGUAAUGACGCAUACGUGCCUGAAUGCGCACAUGGAAUUUUCGCUUUCGAACGAGCACUUGGAUCAUAUGAGACAAUGAGCGAACGAACUUUUGGGCGUUUACUUUUCGCAGGACGAAAUAUCACGUUGAAACUCGCACGUGAUUAUGACGAUGACAGCAAUGUUUUUUAUGAAGAGAAGGGUAUUUCUCCAUUACGAAUUGCAUCAAUGCUGGACGGCAGUUCACAGCAGAAGCAUGACCUGCAAAAAUUUGAAAGAGUCGGACACGGUUCAAGGUUAUAUACGCAUCCACGACAACCGGGAACGAUCGGAACAGAAACGAGGGUAAAUGAGCGCGACAAGAUAAUCUACUAUAAGCAAACGAAAUUGAAGUCAUUGAUGGCUAUGACUGGACUGGUGACAUUAUCAUCCGGCUUACAACAAGUUCAAAAAUUCCAAAUUCUACGUAUGAAAGCCAUAGAAUUUGAUAAAUGA